AAAUCGGUCACAUUCUCGAUAUUAUUCGUCUGAUUUGUGUCUCACACUCUUUGUGUUUGAGAGGCCAAUUUGAGAUUCGAUUAAAAUUUACAUGUUCCACAAAAUGUUCAGUAACAUUCAAUUAGUAUUUUUGGCAUUUGAUCAUAGUAAUCCGGUCACCCUUUCUCUGUAGCAUAACGAUAUAUCCGAAAAUUACAUACAACGUGUGUCUGUAAUUCGAUAUAUUCAUAUAAAUAGUGGAAUUGUGAAGCGUUUCGCAAAAUAAAUUGUGUAAAUUACGGUACGGUGCCGUGUGUGUAUGCGUUGUAAGGAAGAAACAGCUGAAACAUUUAACUGUAUAAUGUGUGAAAAGGAAUAUGCGGAUGUAUAAUCCGACGACAAAUUCAAAUGAGCGUUGGACGCAGCAUGAAAGGAGGGAUUGGUUCCGCAAAUGACACACGAAUGUGAAUGUAUGAGCAUCCCUCAGCGAUUGCGUUCGCAUAUUGCACGAAACAACGCAAGCUGCUGCUGCUGCUGCUGUUCGGCAAACAGGAUUCGUCGAUUGAGGGUCCUUUCCGAUGUGUUGUUUUGUAAUGUUGAACAGCGGUUGCUAUCGCUUCGUGGUCCGCAAAUAGACGAAAACGCUGCGCGAGUACUGUGUGUGUUUGCCUGAAACCACCUUUCAACAAAGACAGAAACAGAGUGAUUCGAUUCAUUUUGCGUGAUAUACAAGACUUUUCAUGCACUUCCAACCAUGAUUUUCUUCAACAUAAAUUGCUUUUUUGUAUUUUCAUUCAAAAAAAAAGUAUCAAACAUUCCAUAGUUGCGUCUAAAUGAGACGCAGUUUAAAAGUUACCCGCAGAGUGCUUGUGUAAAUUUCAAAUUAAUUCUCGUUUCAAAACCAAUGGUUACACAUUUCUAUAUGGCAGUUGAUGUGGCAGCAUAGAACCGUGAACGCUGAACACAAAAAUGCGGUUUUCAAAAUUUUCCCUGAAGAAGUGUUUUGCACUCACCAUUGGUUUUACAAUCAUCGUUAUAUUUGGCAUUAGUUUGAGAUACACGGACAUUUGGCGAAAUAAAAUACACGACGAUAGCUUUGAAAAAAGUUUUCAGCAAAAUGGAAAUGCGAACACAAACGAAGUAGUUCCAAUUAUUCCAGGCGUAUAUCUAAGAGAGUUACAGACACCGGAGCCACCUAAGCAAACAUCGACCUCAACGAAUCCAAUCGACGAAUAUAUCGAUGAAAAUCAACAGAAAAAUCAAGCUCAAGCAAUCGACAAUUAUGAUCAAGUUGCGCUAGUCAAACAAAAGCCAUGGUAUCUGGCUGGUGGUCAACGUUGCCCAGCACCGGCGAAAAAAUCACGAAAAACUCGGAAACGAGUCGCUAAACUAUCGCCAUCCGAAGAUCCUUGGAGUGAUCGAAUCACAAAUCAAUUAAUGUUCGUACCACCAAACUAUGAAGAAAUCCAAGAGUCAGGGAAACUCAAAACCAUUCUACUGUACAAUGGGCUCGGUCCAUGGAAUGCAAAAGAGGGUCGUGACGUGUUUACGAAAAAUAAAUGCCCGGUGAAUACGUGCCGUUUGACGGCAAAACGCGAUGUCGCCAACAAGGCUGAUUUAGUUUUAUACAAAGAUUAUUUUGUAGCGACGGGCGUUCCACGGCCACCACACCAAUUGUACAUGCUGUACUUUUUAGAGUGCCCUUAUCACACGCAACAUGUCAAAUUUCCCGAUGUGUUUAACUGGACUGCCACAUACAGGAAAGACAGUACAAUUGUCGCACCAUAUGAAAAAUGGGAAUAUUACGAUCAACGCAUCAAACAAAUGGAACAAGAUAGAAAUUUUGCGCAAAAUAAGACAAAGAAAGUCGCCUGGUUCGUAUCGAAUUGUGGCGCCAGAAAUGGUCGAUUGAAUUACGCACACGAAUUGCAGAAACAUAUUCAAGUUGAUAUUUAUGGGUCAUGUGGUUCAUUUAAAUGUUCACGAAAUGCACCUGACAAAUGUUUCGAUAUCCUAAAUCGUGACUACAAAUUCUAUUUGGCAUUUGAAAAUUCAAACUGCAAAGACUAUAUCACAGAAAAAUUCUUUGUGAAUGCAUUGAGCCGGAAUAUUCUGCCUAUUGUGAUGGGUGCACGCCCAGAAGACUACGAGAGCAGCGCCCCAUACCGAUCAUACAUCCACGUCGAUGAGUUUGCAUCGCCGAAAGAGUUAGCCGAAUAUUUGAAUAUUUUAGAUAAAAAUGAUGAUUUGUACAAUUCAUACUUCAAGUGGAAAGGAACGGGUGAAUUUAUCAAUACAUAUUUUUGGUGUCGCGUUUGUUCGAUGCUACACGAUGAACAUGCCAUCGCGACGCCUUCGUGGUACGAAGACAUCAAUGACUGGUGGAGAGGUGCGGGUGUUUGUACAAAUGGCUCAUGGCGCAAUUUCAAAGCACGCAAAAAUGUUAUAAACGACGAUGAAUAGAUCUAAGAUUUGUAUCUUGCAACAAUUUAUUGUGAAACAAUUGCUAAGCACAAGCCUAAUCGCCUAGCAAUAGGUCCAUAUUUUUUCUUUUCUUUUUCACAACAAAACCAAUCACACCUGUUCAUUGUGAAAUUGUAUCCAGCGACAAAACAAUCUAGAUAUUGUUCAUUUAUACAAUCGACAUAUGUACCAUAUAUUUAGAAAAAAGCCUCUCAAGUGUGUGCUUCAAGUAGAUAUAUGAAUACAUAUUUAUCUAAACCAAAAAAAAUCGAUCAGAAGUCAUGAAUGAUGCUAAUUUACCGAAAUUAGCAACUAAUAUAGCAUAUAUAUCAAUGGUUUUAUUCAUUGCCGUUGUACGCAUUUUAUGCGUGGACAACAUUCCUUUAUCAUUCUCUGUACAAAUAUUUAUUAAUUUCUUUGAUUUUCUUACAACUGUGAUAGACUUGAUUUUUUUGUCGUCAAUUUUAUUCAAAUUUUGAUCGAUUUCGUUUCAAUUAAUUAAUGAAGCCGCAUGUUUUUGAAACGCAUUUAAAAACCGAUAAAUUAUUUAUAUUUCUUUUAACAUCGCACAAUGUUAGUGAAAAUAUGUAAACACAAAAUGAAACGAAACAAAAACUUGUUGAUAAAAUCAGUUCAAUCGAUAUUGAGCUACCACUUUUUCUAGCCGCAACGAAAGCUUCGUUUGCCUCAGCAAUUCACUAUUUGUAGAAAAAAUAAUCACAAUCUAAUUUUUAGCAAUUUAGAUACCAAUCUUGACUUCAAUUCAAUUUCGUACUUCAUUUUUUUUUCCUCUUUGAGAAUUUUUCAUUUUGUUGUUGUUUUCGAUUUGAAAAAAGUCUGCAAUUCAAAUGAGAUUUUGAAUUAAAACAAAAACAUAUGCGAUGCAUGAAAAAAGUAUUUGAGGCUUUCGCCAAAUAAAUUUAAUGAAAAACCAAUGAACUAAUUCAGAAAUGUGACAACCACGAUUUCUUCGAUUGAAUGCAUUAAAGCAUUGAAUUUAAAAAGAAAGUUCUAUUAAAAACUUUUCAUUUGAUUAGGCUAGAUUUGUCAAUGCCCAAGCAAAAUAUCCCAUAAAUUAAUUUGAUAUGCAAAACAAAAAGUCAUAGGUCUAAGAACAGAAAUUUAUGUAUAAAACUGAAUGUAAUUUCCUAUGAAUGUAACAACGAUAAAUGGAUUUUCAUAAAAAUAGAUUGACGAGCAAGCCAACGUCCAACUCAAAA